GACCGUCCGGAGAUGCUUGGGGGCUGCAGAUAGAGCCCAGAGAUGACGGCAAAAGAAACAGGACCCUUAGUAACAUCAGUUGAGCUGCUGGGUCAGGCUUUGCCUAAAGCCAGGGCUAACCCUGAAAUUUCGUGUUUUUUGAGCCCAUGACUCUGAUUCAUAAAAUCCUGCAUUCAGGGUCCCCCAGUGCAAGCCGAGAAUGGACACGUUGCUUAGCAGCAACCAAUGUGAAAACCCCCGGGUGGGGAUUCUUGCUUCAAUGUGAGACCGCGUGACUACAGCUUAGGUCAUAAUAGUUGAGAUCUCACUGGGGAGGUGCCAGUAUCUCCCUACUCCACAGGCUCCAGACUACAGCCUGGAGAAGAAAAGACACAAGGGAAUAAGGUCACUGUCUCCAAGACUCAAGGGUAGAGGCAGGAACUGCUGAUGAAGAAUGAUGGAUGUGCUGUGGAAGGCAGUGAGCUUCUUGGCAGAGGAGGUAGGUCAGCAGGUCAGAAGGGAAAAUCUGCAAGUUUGAUUGAAAAAUAUAAGAAACACCCUAAAACAGACAGUUCUGUUACAAAGAUGCGUCGUUUUUACCACGUUGAAUAUUUCCUUCUGCCGGACGAUGAAGAACCUAAAAAAGUUGACAUAUUGCUAUUUCCAAUGGUGGCCAAAGUAUUCCUGGAGUCAGGAGUAAAGACUGUGAAGCCGUGGCACGAAGGUGACAAAGCCUGGGUGUCGUGGGAGCAGACUUUUAAUAUCAAUGUGACAAAGGAAUUAUUAAAGAAAAUAAAUUUCCACAAAAUCACCUUGAGGCUCUGGAACACUAAAGACAAGAUGUCAAGAAAAGUCAGAUAUUACCGAUUAAAGACUGCCGGCUUCACAGACGACGUGGGAGCUUUUCAUAAGUCAGAAGUGAGACAUUUGGUUUUAAAUCAGAGAAAAUUAUCUGAACAGGGCAUUGAGAAUACCAACAUUGUCAGAGAAGAGUCGAACCAGGAACAUCCGCCAGGAAAACAAGAAAAAACAGAAAAACACCCAAAGUCUUUGCAAGGUUCUCACCAAGCAGAGCCCGAAACUUCUUCCAAGAACAGUGAGGAAUAUGAGAAGUCCCUCAAAAUGGACGAUUCUUCCAUGGUUCAAUGGAGUGUUUCAAGAACACCAACCAUUUCUUUGGCAGGAGCAAGCAUGAUGGAGAUCAAGGAAUUAAUUGAGAGUGAAUCACUUAGCAGCUUAACAAACAUAUUAGACAGACAAAGGUCUCAAAUUAAAGGGAAAGAUUCAGAGGGAAGAAGGAAAAUCCAGAGGAGACAUAAGAAGCCCCUGGCAGAAGAAGAGGCAGUCCCCACGCUGACAGGCCCCAGGAAGCAGAGCACUUUCUCCAUCCAGCUGGCCGUCAUGCCACUCCUUGCCGGAUGGCAAACUGUCAUGAGUCGUGGCAGUGAGAAGUCUGCCAACAUUUUAGAUUGCCUUUUGACUUUAAAAACAGAAGUUCCGAUCAUGACCGAGGAGCAAAAGCAGGAUUUAAAUCCCCUGACCAUAAAGAUCAAGUGUGCUUCCUGCCUUCCAUCACAGCCUGUACCCAUUCAGGAACUAGAGAGGCUGUGCAUGCCUGUGUACUGCAAGUACCAGUUCCAUAAGACUCCAGUUCACAAGACCAAGGGGGAGCCCCAUGGAACCCACGUUUAUUUCCAGGACAUCAACGUCAUCUUCCUUGGGGCGCUGCACCCCAGUGACCUAAGGGAAUACCUGGAGGGCCCCCCCAUGGUGGUGGAAGUUCACGACCGGGACCGCAAGUCAGAGGAGUGUUCUCAGAAGCCUGUGCUGUUUGGGGAGGACCCUCUGGAUUCAUACCUCAACUUCCAGGCCCUCAUCUCUCCCAGAGAGACAGAGAACAACCCCUUUGAGUCCCAGAACAAGAUGUGGUACCCUUAUGGCAUCGCCCAGGUCAGUUUUGCUGACCUCCUCCUUGGCCACAAGUACUUGAAUCUGGCCGUCCCCAUCCACAGCUGUGAGGUUCAGCCCACACACUGCGGCCAGGACAGCAGGAGAAGGAAGGUUGUGGGGCUUGGGGUCCCCAGAGAUGGCCACCAGCACGGCCCAAUGCCCAUGGGCAACUACCUAGAGGCUGACUCCCAGCUCAAGUUGCGAGUGGACAUCGCGGUGCCACUGAGGGCCGGGGCCAGAGCUGCUGAUCCCGACCUCGGGGGCUCCCAGUUUGGCCGCAUCAUCUUCGUCUUUGACUUUAAGAAGGUCUCCCUGCUCCACAGCCUGCUGCAGGACAUCACCAUGAUCAACGCUAAGGCCCUCGGCCUGGACUCCUACCCUGUCAGGACCCUGCAGCAGAUCCUGUCAGCCUUCAAGAUUCGUGUGCGGGUCCAGGAGCAGCAGCACCUGGAUGUGCUCACCGGCGUCCACCUGCUGGACGGGAAGACACACCUUUUCAUCCUGGAAGGCCUGGCCGACCAAGGCUUGAGGCAGCUGUGGAAGAACCACCAAAGCUGGAUUCCCAGGUCAGAACACAGGAAAUACAAGGUGCUGUACAACUCACAGCUGCUGUUCCGCAGCCGGCUCUAUGGGGACCUGGAGGCCAUCCUGUACCACGUGCACCUCUUCCAGCCCACGGAGCUGCUGCUGCAGCAGGCAGUGUUCUUCCUGCGAGACACUGAGCGGAGGCGGGUCUUCCAGGCUCUAGCCAGGAUCCACGACAUCUGCUAUAACAGCACCACCCUCUGGGAUGUGACGGUGAGGGACCUGCUGCCCUCCUCUGCUAUGAUAAAAGACUUGAGCCAAGAGUUUGGGAUGCCCCUUUCGCACGAAGAACUCACAGAUGAGAAACUGUUUGCCCUACCACCUCAGCCUGCCCCCAGUCUUGAGGACUACCACAGUCGGAACUCCACCCUCACCUUAGAGAUCCACGCCCACCAGGAGAAGUACCUGCAGUGGCGGAGCGCCAUGCUGCUGAAGAACAAAGACAAAAAGCACAGUUUCAUCCAGAAAAAUAUCACAGAAGCCUACCAGGUCAGCAAGAAGCCUCCGAAGUCCGUGGCGAAGGUGAUUAAAAUUUCAGCCCCUGCCAACAAGGCCGUCUACAACUACAGUAUCCAGACCAUGAAUUCUACAGAGCUUGCCAAGAAGGAGCUGUAUCAAGAGAUGGCCAAGGAGCCAAGAAAGAGAUUCACGUACUCACAGGAUUACCUCUCAGCCAUGGUGGAGCCCCUGGACUUGAAGGAAGAGGAGAAGAAAACCCAGAAGAAAUCCCGCCAGGCCUGGCUCACAGCCAGGGGAUUCCAAGUGACAGGUCUUCAGAGCGACACCGAAAGCAGCUUUCAGGAUCUCAAGCUGCCACCCAUCAAAGAGCUGAAUGAGGAGUGGAAGGAAAACUCCCUGUUUGCUAAUGUACUGGAGCCUGUGUUGGAUCGAGACAGGUGGAGCUGGGACAGGCACCACGUGGACUUUGAUCUGUACAAGAAACCACCACCUUUCCUCGAGCUGCUCCCUUCGCCCGUACCAAAGCCUGUAACAGGCAGGAAGAAGAAAGGGAACGGCCCCAUCUCCUGAGCAGCACAGACCCUCCCACAGCCACCGCAUGGUGAACCUGCACAGCCUCCCCCACACCCGACCACACCCUCCUCAACAAUCAACUUCAUUAAAGUGCAGCAGGACAGAUGGCAGCAGCCAGGCCCUGUGUGAGGCUGGGCUGGGCUCACCUCGUGGUCGUGGUUGCGGAGCCCAAUGCGGAUGGAGCGGCUGGCCCGCGACAGCACGGCCGUCAUGCCAUACAGGUUGAUGAGGAUGUUGGCCACCCGCUUCAGCACCAGCUGCUCCUCCAUGAUGGUCUGGGAUCACAGAGGCUCCAAGUGGGGACUCACUACCUAGACCAGUCCCCCACACGGUCCCUCCCUGGGCUGCAUCUUUGCCUGUCUAAGUCUCCUGUGUUCCUUGAGAAAGUGGAGUCAAUAACACCUUUCUCUUCAGGUUGUGGGAGAA